AGAGAAGAUCCAGCCGCCGCUGCCACCACUGCAGCCAACCACUUAGCGCGUGGGGAGGGGCCUCCUGCAGCCCCUCAGCCCUCCAGCCCCUAGGUCGCUGCCCUGCCUGCUUGAAACCUGAAACCCCCACCCCAGCGCUGACCCACCCCCACCCCGCCAAGGUCAUGGAGUCCCUCUUUCCUGCUCCGUUCUGGGAGGUCUUCUACGGCAGCCACCUACAGGGCAACCUCUCACUGCUGGGCGCCAAUGACAGCCUGCUGCCCCCGGCUCUGCUACUCAACACCAGCCACAGCACCUUCCUGCCCCUCGGUCUCAAGGGCUCCAUCGUGGGGCUCUACCUGGCUGUCUGCGUGGGGGGGCUUCUGGGAAACUGCCUCGUCAUGUAUGUCAUCCUCAGACACACAAAGAUGAAGACAGCGACCAACAUUUACAUCUUUAACCUGGCGCUGGCGGACACGCUGGUCCUGCUGACGCUGCCCUUCCAGGGCACGGACAUCCUCCUGGGCUUUUGGCCGUUCGGGAAUGUCCUGUGCAAAACGGUCAUUGCCAUCGACUACUACAACAUGUUCACCAGCACCUUCACGCUCACCGCCAUGAGCGUGGACCGCUACGUGGCCAUCUGCCACCCUAUCCGUGCCCUCGACGUCCGGACAUCCAGCAAAGCACAGGCCGUCAAUGUGGCCAUCUGGGCACUGGCCUCCGUCAUCGGCAUCCCAGUCGCCAUCAUGGGCUCUGCACAGGUUGAGGACGAAGAGAUCGAGUGCCUCGUGGAGAUCCCUGCCCCGCAGGACUACUGGGGGCCGGUGUUUGCCACCUGCGUCUUCCUCUUCUCCUUCGUCAUCCCUGUCCUCAUCAUCUCCGUCUGCUACUCGCUCAUGAUCCGGCGACUGCGCGGCGUCCGCCUGCUCUCUGGCUCUCGUGAGAAGGACCGGAACCUGCGGCGCAUCACGCGGCUGGUGCUGGUGGUCGUGGCCGUGUUCGUGGGCUGCUGGACGCCGGUGCAGGUCUUCGUGCUGGUGCAGGGGCUGGGCGUGCAGCCGAGCAGCGAGGCCACCGUGGCCUUGCUGCGCUUCUGCACUGCCCUUGGCUACGUCAACAGCUGCCUCAACCCGAUUCUCUACGCCUUCCUGGACGAGAACUUCAAGGCCUGCUUCCGCAAGUUCUGCUGCGCCUCCGCCCUGCGCCGGGACACCCAGGUGUCUGACCGCGUGCGCAGCGUCGCCAAGGACGCCGGCCUGGCUCGCCAGACCACAGAGACGGUACCGCGGCCCGCAUGACUAGGCGUGGACCUGCCCCUGGCGCCCGUCAGCCCGCAGAGCCCGUCCACGCCCAACACGGAGCUCACGCAGGUCACUGCGCUCUAGGCUGCCCGUGGCGCCUCCCCUCGGCCCUGAUGCGUGGCUCUCGGGUCUACUGGAAAGCCGGAGGGUGGGACGUGGUGACAGGGCAGUGAGCUGCCGAGGUCCUCAUGUUGUUGGCUUGAACCCCCUGCCAAGGACCCUGUCUGUUUCCGGUCUCUCCAACAUGCCUCCAGGACCCGCCUCUCCUCCUGUGCGUCCGCAGGUCUGCCCAGUGCCCCAGCCCUGUGGCUGCCGUUGACUUUGGAACCUGCCCAGUUGGGCUUGACACCGCCACCUCCUGCAGCACCUGCUUCCCUCCCCUUCCCUCUUGCAGCUGAAGGCCUCCUGCUCUGUCUGGGCCUCGGUGGCCUUGGAUAGAGGUGGGCUCCCACUGGCCUGUGCUGCCCCAGCAGUCUGACUGCCUCAGGCCAUCUCUGGGGCCCCACCUGAGCGCCCCUAAUCUGCACGGUGUGAGUCCACUCCUCAGGGCCUGGAUACGGAGGAGAGGGACUGAGGGACAUCCAGAGAAUGUCUCGUCCCUGACCAGCAGCCAGAGAUGGAGGGGGCAGGGACAGUGACCCACUGCCUCCCUGCACAUGAACUUGGCAGACAGCUGCAUGCUGAAAAGCCACCCCCACCAGCACCUGGGGCUGAGCCGCAGACCCCUGCCAGGUGGCCUGGGGCCCUUGCACAGCACAGGACACUGGCACUGCCCUGCCUCCAUGCCUGGCGGGGCAGGGACCAAGUUGUGAAUUUCUUCCGAGUUACCAUGCACCUUAUGUAUGUAUGCAUGCCCUAGCAUCACCUGUGCUUCUCAACGCCCCAAGCCUGUCUCCAGGGCAGGGAGGGCCUUAAUAAACACCUGCUCAUG